AUGCUCAAUUCGGACGGGACUACGAAGCUAGUCUGGGACCACAUUUACAGCACAACUUUGCGGGACGACUUCCACCCUCCUACCGAGGCCGCGGGCAGGCCUCUGCCCCACAAUUACGACCGGCCCAACCACCCCGGCUACGGCCUAGCCGAUCGGGCCAUCAAGGAGGCUAAGGGCUUCGACGCAGAAUUCACGUUCUGGUGGCGAACCCGGCCGGCCAAUUACCGCUCCUUCGAGUCUUGGAGCAUACGUCAGCGCUGCUCGCUUCUCAAGGCCAGGCGUCAGGAGCACAUCCGCGAGGCUUUUCAGGAUGUCAACAACUUCGUUAUGAGCGGGUCGUCUCUGACCCUUCCGAACUGGCAAUCCACCUGCAACAGUAUUGGUCCGCCCGAUGGAAUUUGGAUCAUCCACCGGAUCCUGGCACCUGGCAGCGGGUCCUGGCAUUUGCUCGUGCUUACCUGCCCCGGCACACCUUUUCAUGCCCCGACCUGGCAGUUGAAGCAUGGGAACUCGGCACCAAGAAGUUUGCAGCCAGAUCAGCACGCGGCCCAGACGGCUUCGACCAUCUUGAUCUCGGGAUGUCUGCUCCAGCAGCUCAGUCAGGUGCUCCCACGUGGCAUCCUCGGCUUCAUCCCUGGCCGGGAGACUGGUGAUUUCUGGUAUUACACCCAGGCUCUCCUUGAAUGUGCUCUGCAACAGCAACUUUCCAUUUGCGGCUGCACCACCGACAUCCGCAAAGCCUUCGAGCAUAUACGUCGUGAAGUCUUCUUCCAGACUGCCACUGCUCUUGGCUUUCCACCUCGGGUUCUGGGCGCCUGGCAGGCCUUUUUGCAGCAAGUUCAGCGGCACUUCCUUGUGCAGGAUCAUCUCAGCACGGAGAUCACCUCGAACAGCGGGUUUCCUGAGGGAUGCUCCCUCUCGGUUGUGUGCAUGUGCAUCAUCGACUGGAUCUGGGAUGCCUAUCAGUCGGCAUUUGCUCCAAGCACCAUACCGUCGUCCUAUGUGGAUAACCUCGAGUUGCUUGCCCGGGACGUAGGCUCCCUGCUGCGCGGUCAACUGGUCAUGGAGGAGUUCUACAAUCUUUGGGCCCUUUGCCUGGAUCCCGAGAAGACUUACUACUGGGCCACCAAUGGAAAGGACCGCUCCUUCUUACGACAGCUCGGUCACCGUGUCGAGCUUGCACAUGCCGACCUUGGAGGUUUAUUUCAAUCUAUUGACCGCGCGGAGCUCAUGGCGAUCCUCAUGGCCACCCGCUGGCUGAUUCGCUUUUCCAGCCGGGGCACGAUCUGGUCAGACAGUUCAUACGCCGCAUGCGGUCUCCGCUACCAGACACACAUGCAGAUUUAUGGGCCGAACUUCGACGCGAGCUGCUUGUUCAACAUGUACCUGGUCAUGCACAGAUAUCUGACAUUUUUGCAGACACAGCAGACUGGGCAGCAUAUUGGAAUGAUCAGGCAGAUGCGGCGGCGCGUGGUGCUCACCGGCAACGCCCUCUCGCUUUUUGGCAUGUCCGUGCUGGGCACCUUGUGGCAUGCGAAGCUCCAGGUGCUCUACAUCCUGAUGAUCCUCCAUUUGUACAGCGGCGAGUGCUGGAGUGAUGAGGUCUCCCCAGCCUUGGCCGGCCAACUGACGUUGGCUCAAAGAAUUCGUUUCAUUAGAGGUGUGGUGAAAGCUAUGUGCCAAGUUUUUUCGCUUCCGGGCGCUUUCUUGCACGGCAUUGAUGUUUCUGGUCUCCGGAUCCACAUGCCUUUGCAGGGCUUGGCUGUUUGUAUAGACGAACCGGCCCUCAGCAACCUCGAUCGGUUUCUGCUGGCCUUUACCGCCAAGCGACCUGUGCGCACAGCCAACGACGUUGUGCGCCCUCUGUGA